GAUUGAGUUGGAAUAGGUGCCUGGUGGAGCGACACGGAGAGAGGGAGAGAGAGAGAGAGAAAGAGAGGACACAAAUCUCGACGCACCGCUCUGCACUCUCCCUUAUUUUCUCUUUUGCAACCCAUCUCCCUCACUUUUCCCUCUAAAUGCUUACACUCUUGCAGUAGUUAACGGCUCAUCUCUGCUUACACUCCGAUUGAUUUUGAUCUCAAACUCUCCUCCCGCCCCCCUCCCUCUGUCGGAGCGGACCGAGCGAACAGGUGGAGAUGAUGUCGAGCGGAGCGGCGCUCGGCGCUGCGCUCUCCCGGGCUCGGCGCACCCAGACGCGGAUCGCGCUGCUGCUGUGGCCGCUGCUAGUGACCUGCUGCUGGGCGCAGGAGCUGCCGACCAACGGGGUGCACGGCUACAGCCUGCACCCGCCCUACUUCAACCUGGCCGAGAGCACCAAGAUCACCGCCACGGCGACCUGCGGGGAGGACGACACCGGCCGCAGCCUGCAGGACCUGUACUGCAAGCUGGUCGGAGGCCCGGUUUCCGGGGACCCGAGCCAGACCAUCCAGGGCCAAUACUGUGACAUCUGCAGCCACGGUGACAGCGACCGCGCCCACCCCAUCACCAACGCCAUCGAUGGGACGGAGCGAUGGUGGCAGAGCCCGCCUCUGUCCCGCAACACAGACUACAACCAGGUCAACGUCACCCUGGACCUCGGACAGGUCUUCCACGUGGCCUACGUGUUGAUCAAGUUUGCAAACUCUCCCCGUCCGGACCUCUGGGUUCUGGAGAGAUCCGUGGACUUUGGGCAGACCUACCAGCCCUGGCAGUACUUCGCCUCCUCCAAGAGAGACUGUAUUGAGCGUUUUGGACAGAGGACCAUUGAGAGGAUCAGCAAUGAUAACGACAUUGUCUGCACCACCGAAUACUCCCGUAUAGUCCCACUGGAAAAUGGAGAGGUGGUGGUGUCCCUGGUGAACGGUCGGCCCGGGGCCAUGAACUUCUCCUACUCCCCAGUGCUGAGGGACUUCACCAAGGCCACCAACAUCCGGCUCCGCUUCCUGAGGACCAACACGCUGCUGGGACACCUGAUGGGCAAGGCGCUCCGGGACCCCACUGUCACCCGCAGAUAUUACUACAGUAUCAAAGACAUCAGCAUCGGGGGACGCUGUGUGUGUAACGGACACGCUGAGGCCUGCAACGCCAAGGACCCCAAUGACCCCUACAAGUUACAGUGCGACUGUCAGCACAACACCUGUGGCUUGUCUUGUGGCCAGUGUUGCCCUGGAUACAACCAGUUACCAUGGAAACCGGCCACGACCUACAGCGCCAACGAGUGUGAACCGUGUAACUGUCACCGCCAUUCCUUUGACUGUUACUACGACCCGGAGGUCGAUCAGCAGAGAGGCAGCGUGGACAUGCACGGACACCACCGAGGUGGAGGAGUCUGCCUCAACUGUCAGCACCACACCACUGGAGCCAACUGUGAGCGCUGCAUCCCCACCUACUACAGGUCUCCUGACCACGCCAUCGACUCCCCAUUGGCCUGCUCACGCUGCGACUGUCAGUCGGAGUUUACGGACGGUACCUGUGAGGAUCUGACCGGCCGUUGUUUCUGCAAACCAAACUACGCCGGAGAGGACUGCAGAUCCUGCGCCAGCGGCUUCGAGAACUUCCCUGACUGCUACCCCACCCCCACCUAUCCCUCCAACAACAACGGUGAAGCUAAACCGGCAGGAGAGAUCAUCAACUGUGAGUGCAACGCGGCCGGGACUGUGGAAAACUCGUGCAGGCUGGAUCCCCGGACUCGGACCUGCGUCUGUAAACCAGGGUUCACCGGUGACCACUGCGACACCUGCGCUCCAGGUUUCUACGGAUCCAACUGUCAGGGCUGUCAGUGUUCAGGUCCCGGCUGUCUGGACGGGUCAUGUGACUUGGUGACGGGUCACAGCGUGUGCCGGAGUGGUUUCCAAGGUUACCAGUGUGACCAGUGUGCACCGGGCUACUUCAACUACCCGCUGUGCCAACUGUGUGGCUGCAGUACAGUCGGCUCUUUGCCUGAAGGCUGCGACGCGUCUGGCAGAUGUCUGUGUAAACCAGAGUUCCAGGGUCCUCGAUGUGAACAGUGCCGAUCUGGAUUCCACUCCUACCCUAACUGUCAAGUGUGCACCUGUGAUCCUCGCACCUCGUUGGACACCAGCUGCACUGCGUCGGGCCACUGCCACUGCCAGCCCAAUUACAGCGGAGCGGCGUGUGACCAGUGCUCUCCUGGUUACUAUGGUUACCCAAGCUGCACACCCUGUCAGUGCUCUGCACAGGGCUCCCGCUACACCAGCUGUGACCAGGGGACGGGGCAGUGUGUGUGUCUGUCCAACGUGCUGGGGCUGAGGUGUGACAGCUGUGCACACGGCACCUACGGCUUCCCCAACUGCCAAGCUGGUACCUGCCACCCGGCCGGCUCUGUUCAGUAUGUGGUGCAACCACCAGUGGGUCAAUGUGAGUGCCGUGGCCACGUGGAGGGCCCAGCCUGUGACACAUGCAAAGCUCUGUACUGGAACCUGUCCCCUGACACUCCUGAUGGAUGCACCAACUGUGAGUGUAACGUCGCAGGAACUGUCAGCGGUGUUGCCGAGUGUGCACAGGAAAGUGGCCAGUGUCACUGUAAGCCCAACGCCUGCAGCGGGACCUGCUCCACCUGUAAGGACGGCUACUACAACCUACAGGAGCGCAACUACUUCGGCUGCCAGGGUUGCCAGUGUGACAUGGGGGGUUCAGCCGGUCAGUCCUGUGGAGAGAGGAACGGCCGCUGUCGCUGCAGACCCAACGUGGAGGGACCCCAGUGCAACCUACCUCGUCCAGAUCAUUACUUCCCAGACCUCCAUCAUCUGAAGUUUGAGAUCGAGGAGGGGAGCAUGCUGGAUGGCCGGCCGGUGCGGUUCGGCUACAACCCUCUGGAGUUCCCGGACUUUAGCUGGAGAGGUUACGCUCAGAUGUCCCCCAUCCAAUCCAAAGUGUUGGUGUCGGUGUCGGUGAGCUCUCCAGACCUCUUCCACGUGGUGCUACGCUACGCCAACAGGGGGGGGUCGGACGUUCGGGGCCGGGUGUCGGUCAUAGAGGACGCCUGGAACUACUACUCUGGUAACUGUUCAGAACAGUCCAAACAGAUCGUCUUUGCUCCUAGUGCGGAGCCGACCUUUGUCAACGUUCCCCAGAACAACUUUGUGGAGCCGUUUGUCCUGAACCCGGGAACCUGGACUGUGGUUAUAGAGGCUGAGGGCAUCCUACUGGAUUACCUGGUGCUGCUGCCCAGCGCCUACUACGAAGCUCCCAUCCUGCAGAUCCGAGUCACUGAGCCCUGCACCUACAGCUCUGCGCCUGACGCCAGCCACAAUUGUCUGCAGUACAGAUAUCUGUCUCUGGACUCCUUCCCCUCGUUCAUCGCCAAUGAUGCCAGCUGCCGUCAUGACAACCACCUGCCGCGCCCCUGCCCCACGGAGAGGGUCACCCCGCGCCACCCUGACAUGGCCGUCUGCAGUGGCAAUGAUAUCAGCGUCGAGCUGCGCGGGCGUCUGCCAUCCCCGGGUGAUUACGUUCUGGUGGUAGAAUACUCCAGCGAGGAAGAACUGCCACAAACUCUGUCUGUCGCUGUCAACACGCCGGGAGCACGAUCCCACGAGCACCGCCUCAACCUGCUGCACUGCAAAUACAGCUUCCUGUGUCGAGUUGUGGCCAUCGAUGAACAGAACCGUGUGGCCGUCUUCUCUCUCCCCGCUGACGCCGAGAUCCAGCUGAUCUCCGACCGCGCCAGCUUCUUCCUGCACAAAGUGUACCUGGUGCCGAGAAAGCAGUUCACCAUGGAGUAUGUGGAACCUAAAGUCCACUGCAUCAGCACCCAUGGACAGUUCUCACCCGACAGUUCCUCCUGCGUCCCGUCCCGCUUCCAGACCCCGUCAGACUCGCUGGUCCUGAAGGAGGGCCAGAGCUCAUCCAUGCUGGAGCCCGUCCCAGCCCCUCCUCUGCCCCCCCAGCGCAGAGACGAGUCGGCCUGGACCGGAGGUGACAGGCCCCCCCUCGGAGCAGAUAACAGCCAGCACGUCCGGCUGGAUUCAGUGCAGAAUGCAGCGGUGUACUCGACCCGUGUCCAUGCCCUGGGACGUUACGUCUUCAUCCUGCACUACCACCAGCCGCUCCACGCCAACUAUCCUGUGCAGGUGUACAUCAACGGUGGACGAAUCUGGCAGGGCCAGGCCAACGCCUCCUUCUGUCCUCACGCGUACGGCUGCCGCAACGUCCUGGUCUCGGAGAAUCAGAUCAUCCUGGACGUGACGGACCACGAGGUCUUCCUCACGGUGCAGAUACCUGCCGGCAGGACGCUGUGGCUGGAUUAUGUGCUGGUUGUGCCUGAGACCAGCUACAGCUCCAGCUACCUGAACGAGGAACCUCUGGAUAAAUCCUACGACUUCAUCAGCAACUGUGGCCAGAACAGCUUCUACAUCAAUCCUUCCAUUGCCUCUCCGUUCUGCCUCGGCUCGGCCGUGUCUCUGUCGGCCUUCUUCAACAACGGGGCGAUGCCGUGCGCCUGCCACGAGGUCGGAGCCCAGAGCGACACCUGCGAGCCGUUCGGUGGCCAGUGCCACUGUCGGCCCAACGUUAUCGGCCGCGACUGCUCCAUGUGCGCCACGGGCUUCUGGGGAUUCCCCAACUGCAGACCCUGUAACUGUGGUACGAGGUUAUGUGAACCGGUGACCGGCAACUGUAUCUGCCCUCCGAGGACUGUGCUCCCAGAAUGCACCCAGUGUGAGCCCCAGACGUUUGGCUGCCACCCAGUGGUGGGGUGUGAGGUCUGCAACUGCUCCCGGCCGGGCGUCCUCUCCCCCGAUGUGAACUGUGACACCCUCAGUGGACAGUGCAGCUGUAAGAACAACGUCGUCGGCCGACAGUGUGACCGCUGCGCUCCCGGUUUCUAUGGCUACCCCAACUGCAGGCCAUGUGACUGCAACGAGGCAGGAACCGAAGAGGAAGUGUGUGACUCCUUCACGGGACAGUGUCUCUGCAAGGAGAAUGUCCAGGGUUCCCGAUGCGAUCAGUGCAGAGUUGGUACGUUCCAUUUGGACCCAACCAACCCAAAGGGCUGCACCAGCUGCUUCUGCUUCGGAGCCACCGACCGCUGUCGCAGCUCUGACAAGAGACGCAUCGAGGUGAUGAACAUGGAGGGCUGGGUGUUGCUCAGCGCAGACAGACAGGAAGUCCCGGUCGCAGUGUACCCGGAUCAGGACCUGGUAGAGGCCGACCUCAGCGACGUGCCCGAUGUCUACCAGGACCUCCACUGGCACGCACCCAAGACCUACCUGGGAGACAAGGUGUCAUCCUAUGGAGGUUAUCUGAGGUAUCGUCUCCACACUCAGACCAUGAGAGGAGAUGUGUUGUCUCUGCCCGCAGAGGCCUCCAGGCCUGAUAUCAUUCUCAAGGGUAACCAGAUGAGCCUGGUGUUCAUGGAGAGAGAGUACUCGUCACCUGAAGAGCCUCACCUGGGGAUAGUUCACAUGGUCGAGGGAAGUUUCCGGCACGCUCAGACCGGUAACUCUGUGUCUCGGGAGGAGCUGAUGAUGGUCCUGGUGGGUCUGGAGUCCCUGCAGAUCCGAGCCUUGCACUCCCAGUCGGCCCACUCCGUGUCGCUCCGCGGCGCCGUGCUGGAGGCCGCCGAGAACCUGCUCGCUGGUCGCCAUGCCAACAACGUGGAGAUCUGCAUGUGUCCCGCCAAUUACCUGGGAGACUCCUGUCAGAAAUGUGCUCCAGGUUACUACAGAGACACCAUCGGCCUGUUCCUGGGGAAGUGUGUUCCCUGCAACUGUAACGGCCACUCGGACCGCUGUCUGGAUGGAUCUGGAAUCUGUUUGAACUGCCAGCACAACACUGCCGGCGACCACUGCGAGAGUUGCCUGGGCGGUUUCCUUGGCAACAACAGUCUUGACGGACAGGCGGUGGCGUGCUCCAGUUGUCCCUGCCCACUGAGGGUCCCAUCCAACAACUUUGCAGAGGGCUGCAUGCAGAAAGUCGACAGGAUGCAGUGUCUGUGCAUGCCGGGCUACGCCGGACCGCACUGUGAAAGGUGUGCCCCCGGUUACUAUGGCAAUCCCAUGGUGCUCGGCAGCAGGUGCCAGCUGUGCCAUUGCCACGGUAACACGGACCCCAACAUGCUGUUCACCGACUGCCACCCGCUGACCGGCGAGUGUCUCGGCUGCAUGCACAACACAGCCGGGCCUCACUGCGACAUCUGCGCUCCCGGCUACUACGGGGACGCCGUCGCCGCCAAAAACUGCACCAAAUGUAAGUGCUCUCCGUGUGGCACCGAGUCAUGUGACCCUCACACUGGACAGUGUCGCUGCAAGGCGGGAGUCACCGGAGCGCUCUGCGACCGCUGUGAGGACGCCCGGUUUGGCUUUGACUCGUGCUCCGGCUGUCGCCCGUGCGACUGCGACGCCUCUGCAGCGCUGGUCCAGCCGUGCGACCCGCGGAGCGGUCAGUGUGCCUGUCGGCCCGGGGUCAACGGGCCCAGCUGCAGACAGUGCGCUCCUGGACACUGGGACUACGGACCCAACGGCUGCAAGAAGUGCGGCUGCAGAGGAGGUCGCUGUGACCCGCGCACAGGAGAGUGCCGCUGUCCCGACGGGAUGACAGGAAAACAGUGUGACACCUGCUCACAGAAACACAGCGUACCUGUAGAGCGGCAAAAUGGCAUGCACUGUGAACCAUGUGACAGCUGUGUCAUCAUCCUGUUGGAGGAUCUGGACAAAAUAAACGCCAACUUCAGCUCAGUAGCCGGUCAGCUGAGCAGUCUCAACGCCAGCUCCAUGGCCUGGGCUCAGCUGCACAGUCUCAACAAGUCUGUGGAGGAGAUCCCUCGUGCCGUAGAGAACUACAACAGUACGCUGGAUGACAGCAGGAGUCGGGCCGACACGCUGGAGGCUGAGAUCAUGAACAUCAAUGACGACAUUGAUGAACUGCAGGGCAAGGCAACAGUGAUGAGCGGCAGGGUUGGUGGCCUGCGGGACAGUACCACUAACACACACCAGAGGGCCAAGGACCUGCUGACCUCCAUCAACAACAUGACCGUGGAUUUAAACAACAUGAUGAUGAUGGCGAACCGCUCCUCGCUGAAUGACACAGAAGACGACGGGGACAGGGAGAGGAAGAUGAGGGAGGUGCAGGCCAUGCUGAGGGAGAUGAGGUACCGGAGCUUCGUGGGACAGAAGAAAAUGGCUGACAGAGAGAAGACCGAGGCUCACAAAUUGUUGGACCGUGUCAACAAGGAGUUGGCAGGUCUUCAGGGAGAAAACAGCAACUUGGCCAAGGGUAUCCGAGAGCGCCUGUCCCGCUUCCACUCUGACAUGAUGGAUCUCCGAGACGCCCUGAACCAAGCGGUGAACAACACGGCCAGAGCCGCAGAGAUCAACAACGGCAAUGAGAAAACCCUGGAGGACAACCAGAGGAGGAUAGGAGACCUGCUGUCGAAGCAGAAGGAGGUGACCGAGCAGUUACACAUGGCUGAAGACGAUAUAACGCAGGUCAACCACGUGGUGCCCAUGCUGCACGACUCCAAAGAGGAGUACGAGCGAUUGGCGGCCAAGCUGGACGGCGCCAGGACGGCGCUGGCAAAGAAAGUGCAGCACUUGGCUUUGGCCGACUCCAAAAUUCCUCUGGUGGAGGAAGCAGAGAAACAUGCUGAGCUGCUAAACGCUUUAGCCAUGAACCUGUCCAGUUUGGUUGCAGAAACCAAGAAGGGUGGAUUUGUGGAUGUAACAAAAGCCUACAACAACAUCAUCAAGAGCAUCAAGGAGGCAGAAGAGGCUGCCAAGAUGGCCGACAAAGCUGCUAACGCCACUCUGGAGAACAUAAAGGACCAGGAUCUGGGUCAGAUUGCGGCUGUCCUGAGGAACCACAGCGUGGGGCUGAAGGACCAAGUGGAAAAGCUAAAUGAUGAACUCAACAACGAAGUGAAGCCGAAGCUGGAAGACGCUCAGAGGCGACUGGGCGACGCCAAAACCAAACAGGCUGCUGUGAUGAAGAACCUGGGGAUGGUUCAGAACAACCUCAACUUCACCACAAACACGAGUCAGGAGAUCGGCGAGGCAAAGCGAGCGGCAGCUUUGGCAAACGUCACAGCAACACAAGUCAACGAUGCCCUGCGUCCCAUUAAAGAGAAGCUGGACCAAUGGCAGGAGGCCUAUGGCAACGCCAACGCCACCAACGAUGACAUCAACAACGCACUGAUGGAGGCUAACAAGACUGUGCACGUACUGGGGGAAACUAUUCCUCUGCUCAUGAAGAAGCUGGAUAAACUGCAGAAUCACUCGGCACAGAUGCCAAACAUCUCUGAGAACAUCAGCCGCAUCCGGCAGCUCAUACAGCAGGCGCGCAACGCUGCCAGCAAGGUGAGCGUGUCGGUGAAGUUUAAUGGGCAGUCCGGUGUUCAGGUGCGUACUCCGCCGAACCUGGCCGACCUGGCUGCCUACACCUCCCUGAAGUUCUACAUCACUCUGCCGGAGGCGACACGAUCCAGGCGGCAGGACAACAGCGAGAAGCAGUUCGUCUUUUACCUCGGCAACAAAGAUUCCAGUAAGGAGUUCCUGGGCAUGGCGUUGGAGGGGAAGCGACUGCGCUGGUUCUUCAACAUUGGAGGAAAAACUGCUGAGGUGUUGAUGACUGAAGACGUCAAGUCUGAUGGAAACUUCAACAGCGUAGUGCUGGAGAGGAUCCUCCAGUACGGUCAAAUGUCCAUGUCUUCAGAAGCCACUGAGGGGCACCAAGCAGUCAAAGCCGACGUGGAGGCUGGAGGAGAUCAGGGGCUGCUCAACCUCUUGACCGACGAUACAGUCUUCUACGUGGGAGGAUACCCAAGUACUUUCAAACCCCCCUCCCAACUCGCCCUGCCUAACUUUAAGGGCUGUAUUGAGCUCGGCACACUCAACGAGGAAGUUCUCAGUCUGUAUAACUUUGAAAACAUCUUCCAACUCAACACCACACAGGACAAACCUUGUGGCAGGUCCAAGCAGGCGCUGACUCAGGCCUGGGUGAAUGACGCAGCAUACUUUGAUGGUACCGGCUUUGCCGAGAUCCUUUUUACUGAUGAAAUGGCUCGCAUACAGCGCUUCGAACAGGAAGUCAAACUGAUCUCACACAACGGAAUUCUGCUCCUGCUGCAGAAGGAGAGUCAGUUCCUGUGUCUGGCGGUGCGUAAGGGCAGACUGAAGGUUUUCUAUGACUUCAGCGGUGAGUUGAUGGAUUUGGAGCCUAAAGACCCAUCAUCUGAUUUACUGAAGAUCAGCGACGCCGAACCCAAUGCUCUGGAGAUCAUCAUCCUGCAUAACCAGAACCUUGUUGUGGUGAGGAACAACCGCAACAACCUCUUCACCCUCCAGUAUACACAGAGCCUCCCCCAGUUUAGUAGUAUCUACUACCUAGGAGGAGUACCAGAGAACAAGAUGCCUGAGAAGUUGAAGUCUCUGUUUCCAAAGCAGGGCUCUCUGAAGGGCUGUUUCAGGAACGUGAAGGCCCUGAGCUCUCACAUCGACCUGAAGAGGAUCACCAGCUCUGGAGUCAGUUUUGGCUGCGACAGUGACCUGCUGGUGGCUCGCGAGGCUCAUUUCUCAGGUCAGAGUUACCUGGACAUGGCUCUGACAAACAUCCCCUCCCUCACAAACAACUUCUACGUCAGCUUCAGCUUUAGAUCCGAGCAGACGGAGGGACUCAUGUUCUACCACCAUGAUCAGGAGGGAGUGUGUCAAGUGUUUUUGCACGAGGGCAACAUCGUGGUGAGAGCUGGAAACAGUGAGAUAAAGACGCAGAAGACGUACAACGACGACAGCAGCCACAACAUCGCUUUCUACAAUAACAUCAACGGGAUGCGUGUGUACAUGGACGACGUAUUGGAGAAAACCACCGAGGGCAUCCGGCUGGACAGCAGCGGGGAUGUGAUGACCACAGAGGGAAGCACCUUCCUGGGAGGAAUCCCCAACCAAAGCCUCACCAAUCUCACCGGAUGUAUCCGAAAUGUUUUCAUCAGGAGGGACACCAGUCCUCAGAUGGUUUUGAACCUGCUGAAAGCGCAAGACAACGUCAACGUUCCUCUGAAAUGUCCCGCUGCCAAAACACCUCAGCAGAUCGUCACUGCCCCGCCCAAACAGAGCAGCAAAGACAAGGGAAAGCCCAAGAAGCCGGCAAGAUCUCGCAGCCGUAACACCAGGGAGUCGUGUCAGGGCGCGCCGUGGGACGCGGAGGCCGGGGCGACGCACUUCAGCGGCUCCACCCACAGUUACCAUAGAUACGACUCUCUGCCCAGCCCACUCAGCUCAAUGCCUCACAUUUCCAUGGCGGUGAGGAUCAACUCCUCCGACGGUUUGGUGCUGUAUGCGGCCGACGGCCAGCGCGGCGGAGCGGUGAUGUCACUCAGCGUGUCGGACGGCCACCUGCUGCUCCUGUUGCACGGAGGAAAGAGGAAGGUCAGCCUGCGCAGCCGCAAGAAGUAUGACGACGGCCAGUGGCACACGGUGUUCCUGAAGCGUGAAGGAGAGAAGAUGAGCCUGAUAGUGGACGGUAUCAGCGCUCAGUCCAAGAGGUUCCCCGGAGGAGACCGGACUCGUCUGGCCGGGCCUUUAUAUGUGGGAGGAGUCCCGCCCUCUCUUACGGCUCCAGGCUCCGGUGGUUUCAUCGGCUGUGUCAGGGACCUGACGCUGAACCAAGCCCCCGCAGGAAGCCCCACCCACAGCCAGGGGACGGUGCCCUGCUUCCAGAACCCUCUGCAGCCCGGAGCCUAUUUCUCUGGCCAGGGAGGACACAUCGCUAUAGAUGAGUCCUUAGUUUUGGGUCGGGAUCUGGAAAUCCAGUUGGAAGUUCGGCCCGUCUCGAACUCUGGGCUUCUGUUGCAUGCUGGGACGUCACCUGACCAACACCUGAGUUUGGUCCUCAGCCAGGGAGAGGUGACCGUUUCAGUGAACAGCGGCAAAGGAGAAUUCUCCACCUCCUUCACUCCUGAAGAACCUCUAUGUAACGGACGCUGGCACGCCAUCACAGUGGUGAAGAAGAACAACGUCCUGCAGCUGCAUGUGGAUGCAGCCAGUGAGCACAGCGUCGGCCCCAAACAGAGCCGCUCUGCAGGGGCCAAAGAGACGGUUUACCUCGGAGGGGUACCCAAUGGGGUCCCAGUUCCUGGUCUAGCUGCCGGCCUGCCAGUCUUCCACGGCUGCAUCCGCCAGGCGUCCAUCAACCGCAGACCUGCCCUGUUAUCCAAACCCCUCGCUGUGCAUGGAGCCGUGGGCACGCAGGGCUGCCCACACAUGUAAACCAAACACACAGUCUUAUCUUCACAUUCCCCAACUACAAAUUACUGGUGGUGGGCCUCAUGUUACUGUAGCUAAUUUAAAAUAUAUAUAUAUAUAUAUAUAUAUAUAUAUAUAUAUAUAUUAAUAUUUAUUUUCUAUUUUCAGAAAAAUGUAUAUUUUAUAUUUUACAGUUUGUCGUUGCAAUAUUACUGGUUUGUUUUUGUGCUACAGGGUGCUAUAACAGCUGUCUGCACAGAGAUGCACUGAUACAGCCGACUGCUACAAGAUAUCAAAUAUCACCUCUAGAAUCACAAAUCUGUUCUAUUCUACAUACGUGUGUAGUAUAUUGUAAA